AUGCUCUCCCGCUGCGGUCGUCAGGCCUCGCGCGUUCUCCCACUCGCCGGGAGCUCCAGAACUGCUCCUAUCGCUUCUCUCGCAUCUAUUCGCCCCGGAUUUCACCUUUCGUCCCUCAGAGCUCCGGCGCAAUCCCGGAAUGUGUCUUCGUCGAGUCGAGACUCCCAGCAGAGUUUACUCUCCGCAUCUCUCGAAGAAGUCGACCCCACCGUCUAUGAGAUUGUCCAGAAGGAGAAGAAACGUCAAAAGCACUUCAUUAACCUCAUCCCCUCCGAAAACUUCACAUCCCAAGCUGUUCUCGAUGCACUGGGCAGUGUGAUGCAAAAUAAAUAUUCCGAGGGAUACCCCGGUGCCAGAUACUACGGAGGAAACGAAUGGAUCGACGCUUCCGAGCGCCUGUGCCAACAGCGCGCAUUGGAAGCUUUCAGAUUAAACCCGGAAGAAUGGGGGGUCAACGUUCAGCCCCUCUCUGGCUCGCCCGCAAACCUCUACGCCCUGUCCGCUCUCCUUAAUACACAUGACCGCAUAAUGGGUCUUGACCUCCCUCAUGGAGGUCACCUGUCGCACGGCUACCAGACCCCUACCAAGAAAAUCUCCUUCAUCUCCAAGUACUUCGAAACCAUGCCCUACCGUCUUGACGAGUCCACCGGUAUCAUCGACUAUGACGCUCUCGAGAAGUCUGCUCAGAUUUACCGCCCCAAGGUCAUCAUCGCAGGUACCUCGGCCUACAGCCAGCUGAUCGACUACCCCCGGAUGCGCCAGAUUGCCGAGUCAGUGGGCGCCUACCUGCUGAGUGACAUGGCCCACAUCUCUGGCCUGGUCGCCGCUGAUGUCGUCCCCUCGCCGUUCACCCACUCUGACGUUGUCACCACCACGACUCACAAGUCCCUGCGCGGUCCCCGUGGUGCCAUGAUCUUCUUUCGCAAGGGUGUCCGCCGGACGGACAAGAAGGGUAACUCGGAAAUGUACGACCUGGAGGGUCCUAUCAACUCGUCCGUCUUCCCCGCUCACCAGGGUGGCCCUCACAACCACACCAUCACUGCUCUGUCCGUUGCCCUCAAGCAGGCGCAGACCCCCGAAUUCAAGGCCUACCAAGAGACCGUUCUGAGCAACGCCAAGGCUCUGGCGGAGCGUCUGGGAACUUCUCUCAACGACGGUGGCUUGGGCUACAACAUCGUCUCCGGUGGCACCGCUAACCACUUGGUCUUGGUUGACCUGAAGAACCGUGGCGUCGACGGUGCCCGUGUCGAGCGGGUGCUGGAGCUUUGCGGAGUGGCUGCCAACAAGAACACCGUUCCCGGUGACAAGUCCGCCUUGCGCCCUGGCGGUCUGCGCCUGGGCACUCCCGCCAUGACCACUCGUGGCUUCCAGCCAGAGGAUUUCCGCCGGGUGGCCGACAUCGUCGACCGGGCGGUGAUUAUCACGCAGAAGUUGGACAAGGCCGCGCGGGAGAGCGCUGCCGAGAAGGGAGUCAAGAACCCGGGCACAGUCAAGGCAUUUCUGGAAUACCUUGGCGAGGGCGAGGAAGUGUCGGAGAUUGUUCUCCUGCGACAAGAAGUGGAAGACUGGGUGGGGACCUUCAGUCUCCCAUGGAAGGAUGAGUGA